GUUUCUAAAGCAAUAAUGUGAAAAGAGGAAGUAAAAUUUGGGAAAAAUUGACCAGAACGAGUUACGAACGACGCUGAAGUUUGCAACGUCGGAGUCCAACGAAAUGAACGAAAAGAAUAUUUGUAAUUCAUCAUUUUUUUGUUUCACGAAUCAUCGAUGUGGGCUGAAAAUGACGAAUUGGAAAUUCGGCAGGAAAGAAAAUUGGAGAUUUACUGAAAUUUAUCGAGAGCUUUUUCAAAAUCAUUAUUUCGUUGGACUCCAACGUUGCAAACUUCAACGUGUCAUAGUUACGAAUGGAAAACAGUUUCUUAGACCGAAUCAAUUGCCUUUUUCUCAGCCUCUUCCGAACGACAUAACGAUCGCGAUGAUUAUGUUAUUUUCAAUAAUCCGUCGUCAUCCGAGAAGUAUAACUCUCGUAAAAGUAUAUUUUGAAUGAUAUUAUUUAUUUUGUUCGUUUCUCUUUCCUUGCGGCGAGUUUGAUGAGAGUGUCGCUCGGAGGUGACAAUUCCGUUGAAGAUGUAUUAAAGUUUGUCGAAAGGCUGUACAAUUUCCUGCACGCACCAAAUUAUGGAUUGAACUGGUGACAACCCAUCGCGAGGAUGACGAGGAAGGAGGCGCGUUGUGGCUAGCAUGACUGAACCGGGCUUUCGUAGGAUCAUCGUAUUAUUUCUACUGUCGUUGGUCGGUGAUCUUGUCGCUGUUACGAUAGUAGAUCGAAAUCCUGAUGACGAUGAUAUUCUCGAGCAUCAAGUCACGUACGCGGAUGCUCUCGCCCAGGCAAAGAAUCUCAAAAUCUAUCCAGGCACGAUACCAGGGUGCAAGGAGUGCACGAGCUCUGAGAUGACCUACUGCAGAGACGAAAGUGUCCUCGCUGAUCACUGCUGUUGUGACGGCAGUUAUAACAAGGUCUUUCCAUUCGUCGAGCACAUUUGCCGAUUAAGUCGACAGCCUUGCAAAGUAAUUGCGGCCGAUUGCGCCGAAUAUACGAGGCUGAGAGAAUGCUGUUGUCACUCGUAUCUGGCUUCAGUCUGGAAGUACAUGGCCGGUGGCGCACCCACUACAGCCUCGAGUCUAACUGCCAUUGUCGGAGCCCUCACGGUGCUCCAACUAGUUCGACGUUUAUUAUAGUCAUUUCCCUAUUAUUAUUAUACAUUAAAUGUACGUACUUUUGCAUUCGAUUUUGCACAUAGAUUGCUUGCUAGAUAAUAAAUUAUUUUUCCAUCGCA